ACACAAUAAUCGCAUCCCAUUUGUAGUUGAAAAUUUUCAUGUGAUUUCAAACUUGAUUAUGGAAUUCUAGCACAAUUUUUUAAAAUAUAAGUGCUUUUCAGUAAUAGAGAAGCACUCCCAAACACCCACUACCACAACUUUUGUCCCUAAAAUUCGUCCAUCUGAAUAAAAACUGACACCCUCAAAAAAUUGUUCAUUUUAUACUGGAAAAUUUUUGCAAUGUAAUUAGGUUUAUGUUCUUUCAUUAUUGUCCCGUCUGUUCGUGCCUCAUAUGUGACAUUAUCAUUAAAAAAAUCUCACUAAAAAUUUGGAUUACAACAAGGAUUAUUUUAUCAGAUGGGAUGUCUCAACUCUUUUGGAGACUUGUUAUACUAGUCCCCUGGUAAACGUGUAUUUUUUAUCACCUCGAAGUUAUCUGAUAUAAUUUUCAAAAUUUCUAAACGCAGAGAAUAGUUUUAAACUAUAAAAAUGAGUAUUAUCUUAAAAUAUGUUUUAUUUUAUCUCAGUUUUCAUAUAAUAAUUUUCUGAAACCCGAAUCUUGCUACAAUUAUAUCUCUGCACCAUUACAGUAUACCUUUUAGACGUUUAGAGAGAUUAGACCUCCGUGAAUUUCAACCUUUAUGUCCAAAAUUAUGAUCCUAGUUGUGUUGUAGUAGGAGUCUAAAGAGAGGAGUCCCUGAUUAAAAAAACAUAAUACACCAAACGAUGCUUUUUUUUUUUUUUUUUUAUACUUAUGAAUCACCUGCAAACCACACAUACUCCCUCCGUCCUUAUUUAGUUGUCCAGCUCGUAAAUUGUGACUCACAUUUGUGAGGAGCUGGACAACUAAAUAAGGACGGAGGGAGUAUCAUUUAAACCCGAGCCUGAGUACUCUCGCCUCUUGAGACCCCUUAAUUAUGGGCCACCUGGAUCAAAUUUAUGUGAAUGCUCUUACUGAUUUUGGCAUGCAAAGGGAUGGAUUUAAAACUUGAAUUAGCUAUUUGGGGUCACCGGAGCGAGUUUAGAUCAAUUAGUUAAUCCUCUACUAAGCCAAUCUCAAGCUUUUCCUAAGCAGUCAUUAGUUACUCUUAAAGCCCAACUGAAUUUAUAAUCGUGUGAAUAUUAUUUUGCCACCUAUUGAAUCUACAAAAACAAGCUAAAACAUCGACCACACCAGAUCAUUUUCCGUUUAAUUCUCUCCUCCAAGUUGAAAACAAACUCCAGCGAUCUUAUCGUUAUACGUUGGCUUCACUCGAUCAUUUGAAACUUUCAAACCCUAAUCCAAAGUAUCUAAACCACCUCAUAACCCAGUCUCAAAGAGUGACCAAGAAAGUGAUCAAACACCAAAACUAAUGGAAACAAGAUCUGCUAAGAGAAAGAAACUCUUGAUCAUCAAUGCAGAACAUGAUCAUCAAGGUGAUCAUCAGAGAAUUAGUGAAGACCGAAUCAGUAACCUUCCUGAUGUUAUUCUUCAUCACAUUCUCUUCCUUCUCCCCAUCAAAUCCAUUGCUCAGACCAGUGUGUUAUCGAAGCGAUGGAGAUACCUCUGGUCCUCCUUUCCUGAUCUUGACUUCAACACCAUGGAACCCGUCAUCAGUUCUUCGAAAAAAAUCAAAAUCAAUACAAAUGGUCAAAAGAGAGUACACUCUCCGAUAGCUAAAGGCAUGGACUUCGUCAGCCAAGUCCUAGGUCACCGGGACAAGCAUUCCGAUAUAAGGAUCCUCCGUUUUCGUGCAGUGGUGAGCUUUUCUCGAUUAAAUGGAUUGAUUCGUCGUGCUGUGAGGCAUAAUGUUCAAGAACUUGAUGUUGAGGUCUCCACCCAUGAUUAUUUUAACUUCCCACGUUGCAUUAUAGCCUGCGAAUCAUUGAGGAUUUUCAAGCUCAAGUCUUGUUAUCCUGGCUUUAGAUUGCCUCCAACCAUCAUUUUGAAGAGUGGUUUUCAAUCACUCCACACUUUGUCACUUUCCCUUGUCAUUUUAUACCAACAACGCUCUCUUCUUGAUCUGUUUACGGAUCCAUCGUUCCCUCUACUUAAGAAGCUGAAUUUGGAUGCUUGUUUCGGGUUGAAACAUCUCCAUGUUAGUUGCCGAGGACUCGAAGAAUUAACCCUAGAGAAUUGUUUUCAGUUGAAUGAUUUGCACAUUUCUGGGGGGAAGAUGGAGAGAUUGCGAGUGGCGAGUUGUUUUGAUGCGUAUAGUGUGAGUAGUUGGAUCAAAAUUGAUGCCCCGAGACUCGAGAUUGUGGUUUGGGAAUAUAAUGCUAUUACUGAGAACAGUUGUGUGGAGAACUUGACUUCACUGCAUGAGGCCUCCAUUGGGUUCUUUGUACUUCAUGAGGACAUGAGUGCAGCAAAGCUUCAGAGUGUUUCCAAUUUCCUAUCUGGAUUCUCUCAUGCCCAGUGUUUGACACUUGAAAGCCAAUGUGUUGAGAUUGUGUCCAAGAAUAAGCAAUUUGCAGGUGUUUUACUGCAUCCCUUUGAUAAUCUCAAUACCUUGGAGCUGCGUACCGGUUUCAAUAAACACAAUAUUCCAGGACUAGCAUGCCUAUUCAGGAGCUCUCCUACUCUACACACACUCAUUAUCAAGAUCAUUGACGAUUACAAAACCGAAAGGAGACAAUGGAAUGGAGACUUGUGGGACUUGUCCAGCUCUGAGGAAGAACGAUACUGGGAAUCUCAAAGCCAAAUCUUGAAGUCCUUCCUGCAUCACCUAAAGGUAGUAAAAAUCCAUGGCUUUUUGGCAUGUGAGAAUGACAUUAGUCUGGCAAAGUUUUUGCUCAAACAUGGAAGGGUUUUGCAAGAAAUGACCGUCUUCUCAGGACACUACAAUUCUAGAUAUUCGCUCAGGCGGGAAAAAAUAAAGUCACAGAUGAUGGGAUUUUCACGUGCUUCUUCUAAUGCUAAAAUUGCAUUUCAAUGAGCGAGCCUCAGCUUAGUAUUCAAAAGGUUCAUAUCAGCUUAGAUUUCUAGUCAUCCCUAUGGAUGAGUACAACUGUUUGACAUUGUUACGAGGGAUGUUGCAUUGUGAGGCUCGUUUAAGUCUCUAUUGUUGCUAUUGAAGUAAUUGGCAAUGUAAGAUGGAAACCUAUUUAACAAGUACAUUCCCAGAAAUGAAGUUACAUUGCGAGAAUUGUGGACUCUUCUCAUGUUUAAGAGAGUUUUUUUUAAUUUUUUUUUUAUUCUGCUAAUGUAUGAUUUUAUUUUGAGAUUAAGUAUAAUAAUAUAACAUGUCUUUUAAUUUUGGCCAAGUAUAAAACACCUUAAUUUUCCACCAGAUCGAAAUGACACGAAAAUUUCGAGUUUGAGCACGAAAGUAGGUCG